AUGUCGAUGGGGCGCAGCCGGUGGGGGGCGAUGAAGAACAGGGCCACAUCGACGCGCGAGUCGGUGAACUUGGAGCCUCGGGCUGCUUAUGUGCACCUGCCCUUCUGCAAGCGCAGAUGCCUGUACUGCGACUUCCCUGUUGUCGCCACUGGCUCACGCCUGAACUCUCCUGAAAUACAGGACAGCAUGAAGGCAUAUGUGGACACUGUGAUCCAGGAGAUCAAGGCGAGCACGCCGCUGACCGACCAACCGCUGCAGACGGUGUUCUUUGGCGGCGGAACGCCCUCCCUCAUACCACCGAAGCAGUUGGACCAGAUUAUCAGCGCGCUGGACAAGCGGUUUGGCAUAGCGGCCGGGGCAGAGAUUUCGAUGGAGGCAGAUCCCGGGACUUUUGAUGCAGAGCGGCUGCGCGAGUACAUGGACCUGGGCCUCUCCCGCUUCAGCAUCGGCGUGCAGGCCUUCCAGGAGGAGCUGUUGGAGGUGUGCGGGCGCUCGCACUCGCUGUACGAUGUGUACAAGGCGCUGGAGGCGGUGCAUGCAGCGGCUCCGCCUUCCUGGAGCCUGGACCUCAUUUCUGGCCUGCCCCAUCUGACUGAGGACACCUGGCACCAGUCCCUUAGUUGCGCACUGGAUGCGGAACCGCCCCACAUCUCCGUCUACGACCUGCAGGUUGAGGACAAGACGCCCUUUGCAAAGAAGUACACGAUUGAUGUCAAGCCGCUGCCCUCCUCAGAGGAUGGGGCCGAGAUGUACAAGGCUGCCUCCUCUGUACUGCGCAGCGCUGGCUAUGAACACUAUGAAGUCAGCAACUAUGCGCGCCCAGGUCACAGGUGCAAGCACAACGAGGUGUACUGGAGGGGAGAUGAGCCCUACUAUGCCUUCGGGCUGGGCGCAGCAUCUUACCUGCAAUCUCGCCGCUUCAGCCGGCCGCGCCAGAUGGUGGCCUACCGCAAGUGGGUGUCACAGUUUGCCAGCUCUGGCGCUGGCUUCCCAGGAAGCGCGGCGGAUGACCAGGGGAAGGAGGACGAGAUGCUGGACAUAGUCAUGAUGCGUCUGCGCACUGCCGACGGCUUGGAUUUGAGACAAUUUGGAGAGCAGUUUGGUUCUGGUGCAGUCAGGGCAGUGAACAAGGCGCUAGAGCCCCAUGAGGAGGCGGCUCUGGUAGUGAGAAGCUCUGAGGAAGGGAAGGAAGGGAAAGAAGGGAAGGGUGAAGGGAUUGGGGCAAGGGAGGUGGUCAGGCUGGCAGACCCUGAUGGGUUCCUGGUUUCCAAUGACAUCAUCUCUGAUGUGUUUGCGGCGUUGAUGCCUGAUGAUGGCAAGCAGCAAGCCCGUGCCAAUCUGAUGUAA